UAAUCCUGCUUAAAUUAUUCGACAAAGCUCACUUGGCACUUCGAAAGGUAAUCUGAUCGCUUAAAAAACGACUCUCUGUCAAUUGAGGGAUGCAUUCUGAAAAGUUGGCAGUUAUUGAAGUCAAGGUGAACUUCUUGUCUUGUCAGGCACUGGAAGAUAUCAGCGCGGGGUCUUUUUUAACUGAUCUCUGGGGUGCAGUGAAAAAUUCUCCAGAUUCUCACACUGUGCAUGUUGAGAAAAACAAGCAUGUGACUCCUGAAGGGGUUAUGAAAUAUGUCAAUCAUUCUUGUGACAGCAAUGCAAAAUUUAUCUUUGAAAAGCGCAAAGUGUCAUUUUCAACCCUAAGUGACAAUCAUGAAGUCUGUUGGCAUAUGGUGGCCACUCGUAACAUCAAGAAGGGCCAAGGAAUCACUUUUGACUACAAUCUAACAGAAUAUGACAUGGCUGAACAUUUCCAGUGCAACUGUGGUUCAGAGAAAUGCCUAGGUGAAAUAAAAGGCUUUAAAUAUUUGACACCAGAGCAACAGAAGUCCAGGGCAAGGGAGUUAUCUCCAGUUGUUACUGAACUUUGGGAAGAAAAUGCUUGAAUUGUAUAAUAUUUUAAAUUGAAUUCUGGCGCGUCAAAAUACUUCAGACUAAUUAAAUAUUUACUAACACUGAUUAAAUGUCUUGAUUCAAUAAAGAGGAAAUUAAAAGUGGAAUUUUUGCUCAAGGAAAUAAAUUAUCCUCACAGGUAAGCUACACUUAACCCUUUAACUCCCAUUAGUGACCAAGACAGAAUUUCUCCUCACAAUAUCAAUGCAAUAUCAACCAGACAAGUGAUGAGAAUAAAGAAAAAUAUCAAUUUGGGGAUGAUUAGUUGAUCCAAUACUAAAUUCUCUGAACUAACAUUAAAAGAAUUGUAUGGUUGACAGUAAGGAGAAUCACAAAUUUGAUCUGGGAGUUGAAGGGUUAAAACACUUUUACCAUAGAAGCUUAAAAAAUGGAGUUCCUCCCAGAUUUACAAACCCUUAUAUCAGGGGCAAUGAAAUAUUUUUCUGUUAAUGCUUUGUUUUA